UCGGUGUGAGGGUUGAAGGGGGAAAGGUCGUCGCAAACAUGGCUGCUCCCCUGGAUGACAUGUUUUCCUUCUGCGUGGACUCCGGCAAAGUUGGCAGCUGCGUGGAAGUCAGAUUUAUAGACAACGUUAAGGGCAAGGGCCUCUUCGCGAAACGGAGCAUCAAGAAGGGAGAGACCAUUUUCAUUGAGCGGCCUCUCGUCUCUACCCAGUUCUUGUGGAAUGCUUUGUAUAAAUAUAAAGCCUGUGAGUACUGCUUACGUGCUCUGGAGACUGCAGAGGAGAAUGCCAGGAGGCUCAGCGGCAUCCCUGGACUCAGCCUUCCUCACCCUGAGCUCUGCCGUGUUCGACCAGAGCUGCACCAAGCCUGCCCCCAGUGCAAGGUGAUGUAUUGUAGCAGUGAGUGUCGGCAAGCUGCGGCAGAUCAGUACCAUCGGGCCCUGUGUUUGGGUCCCUCCCAGGAAGAUCCGGACCACCCUGUCAACAAGCUCAAAGAUGCAUGGAGGAGCAUGCAUUAUCCUCCAGAGACCUCCAGCAUCAUGCUUAUGGCCAGAAUGGUAGCUGUGGUCAAACAGGCUAAAGACAAAGCACACUGGCAGAAGCUGUUUUCUCACUUCUGCAGCCGGGCAGCGAACGAGGAGGAGGAGAUUGCCCAUAAGCUCCUGGGAGAGCAGUUCAGAGGGCAACUGGCAUUGUUACGCAGCCUUUUUGCAACAGCACUUUAUGAUGAUCAUCUCAGUCGGUGGUUCGUUCCUGAAGGUUUCCGCUCUCUGUUCGCUCUGGUGGGAACCAACGGACAAGGCAUCGGCACCAGCUCCUUGAGUCAGUGGGUUCAUGCCUGUGACGCACUUGAGCUUCCUGCCCAGCAGAGGGAGCAGUUGGACUCCUUUAUCGACCAGCUGUACAAGGACAUUGAGAGAGAAACGGGGGACUUUCUAAACUGUGAGGGCUCUGGACUUUUUCUGCUUCAAAGCUCAUGUAACCACAGCUGCCUACCCAAUGCAGAGGCAUCUUUCCCUGACAACAAUUUCCUGCUUCACCUCAGUGCCCUCAGUGACAUCAUCCCAGGAGAGGAGAUCUGCAUCAGUUAUUUGGACUGCUGUCAGCGGGACCGAAGCCGUCAUAGCAGACACAAAAUUCUGAGGGAGAACUACCUGUUUGUCUGCUCGUGUCCAAAAUGCGUCUCCCAGAUGGAUGAGCUGGAUGUGACAUCAGAGGAGGAAGAGGAAGAAGAAGGCGAGGCAGAAGGCGAAACAGAGGGGGAUGAGAUGGAAGAUGAGAUGACAGAUGUCUGAUGAAAGACUUGCCCAUAUUGUUCACAGCCGUUCCCAUUCCUGCCACCGUGCGCAGUGACCGCGAAGCCCAGAAGAAUAAAGACUAGUCCAAAACCAUGAUCUGCAUUUCACCAGAAGUGUCCAAACAUCUUAUGAUCAACACAUUUCAUUCAUUCUUUGUCCAGUUAGAGAUCAGCUACAGAAAGAGUUCCCUUAAAUGAGGUACAUGUGUGCAGUAUGUAUGUGUCAGUUUUAGGUCAGUGAUACGUUUUUAUUGUUUUUGCUCUACUUAAGCACUCUGGGGUUUUAAAUACAGCAAAGACAAGUUUCAGGGUUUUUGGGGUUCACAUCGAUAUUGGGUGAAUAGUAUGGGAUUGGUAGCCAUUUUUACCCUUCGGGGUCUAUGUAUAAAAGGACACUACAGUUCCCCUCAGAUCUAUUGAAAUUUUUAGAGUCCUGUGUUAAUUCUCUGCGGCUUUGUCACUAUGAACAGCCCAUUACAUUACAGCCAUUUCAUUCGUGGUUAGUUUAUAAACUAUUGAUUAGAGCAGCUUUAAAUUAAAGGUAAAAGUCAGCACUUUAUCCCUGUAAGUUAGUGUCAUUUGAAAUCAAAUGUGGAGGGGUACAGAGCCAAAAACAAAACUAUCAUACCUACUUACUGAAUGGACUGUCUGACUUCCAGGUCCACUAAAUACAAUUCCGAAGAAGAGUUAUAAUUUCUUGUUCCUGACUAACUCUUAAAGCAAAGUGAUUAAGCAAAGGAUAAUUGGUUCUCAGGUGUUUUUUGCUCUACUUGUACGUUUCUUACAAGUCUAUGCAUACUGUACUGAAGAGGCUUUUUAUUUAUAGUCUGUUGUAAUUACAGUCCUGUCAUAUGGGAGGCAUCCAGCUAGUGAAAUACAGUUUGGUUUUCAUACCAUGAUCUAUGGGGUUAAGUUAAACCGUACAUAAUGUAUGAUAUAGACCUUGAAUGGAAAAUUGCUUUGUCAGUAACUGUUUGCCCUUUGUUGAGAACUGUAUUUCAAACCGCGGUUCCACAUGAGUGAAAUUGCUGCUGCUACCCACACCUGCAUCAAUAUUACAACAGUGACCGUAAUCACAAAUCCCAAUAUUUUCAGUUACUCAGCAAAGAUUGGAAAUAUUGAAUGAACAUUCCCAAUUUUCUCAGUUGGCAUUCAGCGCAGUGGCACAGGAGAACAUGCCUUUGUAAGUCACAAAAGUAUAAUUUAAAUAUACGGGCAGCAAACAGGAGCCUAGCAGUUGUCGUUCUUACUACUCUGGCAUAAACGAUUGAAAUUGAA